UCCUACCUCUCCAUUUGCCACCCCUAGCCCUGCUUGCUCUCCUCCCUCAGGCCUUAAUUUCAGCACUCCUGGCUGUGCUGGAACAGAGCAGUCAGAUAAGAACAGAGCAAAACCUGUGGAACUGGUGUGCGCCAGGCUGACAUCUGCCACUGAGCCAGCAUCAUGGUGCAGUUCAUGGCCUGGGCAGGUGUGACAGCUCUGCUAAUGGUCCAGUGGGGCUCUGCUGCAAAACUGGUCUGCUACUUCACCAACUGGGCCCAGUACCGGGCAGGGGCAGCUCGAUUCUUGCCCAGGAAUGUGGAUCCCAACCUGUGUACCCACCUUAUCUAUGCUUUUGCUGGCAUGAACAAUCACCAGCUCAGCUCUGUAGAGUGGAAUGAUGAGAUUCUCUACCAGGAGUUGAAUGGCCUGAAGAUGAUAAACUCCAAGCUCAAGACUCUGUUAGCCAUUGGGGGCUGGAACUUUGGUACUCAGAAGUUUUCAGACAUGGUGGCCACAGCCAACAACCGGUACACCUUUGUGAACUCAGCCAUCAAGUUCCUGCGAGCUCAUGGUUUUGAUGGCCUUGACCUUGACUGGGAGUACCCAGGAAGCCGAGGGAGCCCAGCCAUAGAUAAGAAGCACUUCACAACCCUGGUACAGGAUUUGGCCACAGCCUUUCAGCAGGAAGCUCAAACCUCAAGGAAGGAGCCACUCCUUCUGAGUGCAGCUGUGCCAGCUGGGCGAGGCCAUGUGGAUGCAGGCUAUGAGGUGGACAAAAUUGCUCUGAGCUUAGAUUUCAUAAACCUUAUGGCCUACGAUUUCCAUGGCUCCUGGGAGAAGACUACAGGACAUAAUAGCCCCCUCUACAAGAGGCAGGGAGAGAGCGGUGCAGUGGCCGAGUUCAAUGUGGAUAGUGCUGUGCAGCUGUGGCUGCAGAAGGGGACCCCUGCCAGCAAACUGAUCCUUGGCAUGCCCACCUAUGGACGAUCCUUCACCCUGGCCUCCACAUCAGACACUAAAGUUGGGGCACCAGUCACAGGGCCUGGUGUUCUGGGUCCCUUCACUAGGGAAGAAGGGACACUGGCUUACUAUGAGGUCUGCUCUUGGAAGGAGAAACACAGAAUCAAGGACCAGAAGGUGCCCUAUGUCUUCCAGGGCAACCAAUGGGUGGGGUUUGAUGACAUGGAAAGCUUCAAAGCCAAGGUCAGCUAUCUGAAACGGAAGGGGCUAGGUGGUGCCAUGGUCUGGACCCUGGACUUGGAUGAUUUCACUGGUUCCUUCUGCAACCAGGGCCAAUACCCUCUCAUCCGAAUGCUGCAACAGGAACUGAGUGUUCCAUUUGUGCCACCAAGCCGCCCAGAGCAGGAAGUACCUGGGCCAGGCCAGCCUUCUGAGCCUGAGCAGGGACCCAGCCCAGAGCAAGACAACUUCUGCCAAGGCAAAGCUGACGGGCUGUACCCCAGCCCUAGGGAACAGUCCAGUUACUACAGCUGUGCAGGGGGGCAGCUGUUCCAACAGAGCUGUCCUCUAGACCUGGUAUUUAGCACCUUUUGCAAGUGCUGUACUUGGAGUUGAGCCCUGGAGCCUCUUUAGCCCCAGCCUGAGGUCUGGCCUGGGACCCCCCAAACAGCCUGCUUCUGCUUUCCCUGGGGGCUGCAGCCCGGCCCUGCAAGGCUGUCUCCUCUUUCCAUAACCGGACCUCUACUCUCCUCAGCUCCUUUUUUUGUCUCUCACAGGCUGCCGUUUUACCUGCAAAAUAAAUUCUUAAUUUUCAUCCCUACACCCUGA